AUGACGAGUAAUAAUAAUGUAGAAGAACAACGGUGGAAAUUAUUAGAUCAGGAACGAUUUCAAUCAUUUUUCGACUCUGAUGGUCGACUUGUGAAAGAACAUGAAUUUAGAAAAGCUGUUUUCAAAGGUGGUAUCAAUAAUGACCUUCGACCAAACGCAUGGAAAUAUCUCUUUGGUUUCUAUCCACCACUUCUCUCUAAAGUAGAACAAGAAACUAUCGACGUUGAGCGUAGAUUACGAUAUGAUUUUAUGUGGGAACGAUGCCAAAAAGAAAUGCCAGAAGAACUUCGCUCAAACGUACCCCACUUAUCUGCUAACAGAUCAAAAGAACCUGUCAGUUCCAAUCAACUUUUCUUUUCGAUUCAACAACGCAUUGAAGCAUAUAAACCGAAAUGUGUUUGGUCUGAUAUGGAUUAUCAUGUACGACUGAUUGCUAAAGAUUUACAUCGAACAGAUUUCAUAUCAUCAGAGCAAAAACCCGACAAUUACAAUUAUGGGCCAUUAACGCGUUUACUUGUUACAUUCGCAUGCUAUAAUCCCAAAAUUGGUUACUCACAAGGAAUGAAUGAUAUGGCUUAUAGUUUUCUUCGAGUAUUUUCUUAUAAUGAACACGAAGCAUAUUUCUGUUUUGCUUAUUAUAUAAAUCAAUCGGGUGAACAUUUUACACGAUCAGGUAUAGCAUUGAAAAUAAAACAGCUACCAAAACUCGUUGAAAUUGUUGAUCAAUCAUUAUAUAAUCGUAUUGUAUCGCUCGAUGUUGAAUUAUGGACAUUUUGUCAUCGUUGGUUAUUUUUAUGUUUUCGUCGUGAAUUUUCCGAAGAAGAAGAUACAUUAAUAUGUUUCGAAGUGGUGUGUAGUCAUUUUCUGGAAGAAAAUACUUUAGCUGCAGAACGUUUACUACAUGAUAUUCAAUUAGAACGAGCCGAAAAGAAAGGUAUCAGUACUAGCUGUUCAACAAUAUCAACAGAAACCCAUUCUAAAAUUAAUGAUGAGUAUGGCGGCUCCUUUGAUUUAUUUGUUUGUAUUGCAAUGAUAUCAUUAUUUCGUGCAUGUUUAUUUGAUGCUCGUGAUGAACUUGAAGCAUUGUCAGCGAUUCAAGAACGUCAGAAAACGCUUGACGUUCGACAAGUUUUAUCAUUGGCUGAACAACUAUUUACAAUAUAUUGCAAACAGAUUGCAACAAUGUCAUCUUUAGUUACACGUGCAGAAACAUCCUUUGAUAUUAUUGAUUAG